AUGAAAACCAUCCAGUCUCUACUUAUCGCGACCAUCUUCAUCUUUGCCCCAAUAGUAUUUGCCGAAUGCUACAAGGACGGCAUCAUAGGCGAAUACGACAUCAACAACAACGCCCCCGUCGACCUGAGAAUCGUGUGCGCUCAGCUAUCGGGCAGCUACGUGAAGAAUGAAUUCCGCCGAAUCUGCAUCAUGGAUACGAACGGUAGAAAAUGGGACUUUGAGCUUUCGCAUAUCGGGGAUGGUGACCAACGCAACAUCGAGAUAGAGGAAUGCUACAGCGGCAUGAAGGCAGAAGCAGGCUGUGAGCGCGGCGGCCGGAGGAAGCAUUGGAAUUGGGAAUACUCGGCGGAUCCAAAUGUCGGGCAAUGCGUCAACAUGCACCCGUACGACUUUGCAAGACCAUUCGACGACCAGUAA